CCAUUUCCGAGAAAGGGGGAGAGGAGGAUGAGGUUGGAGUAUGGAACCCGGAUGCAAUGUUGCACGAGCAAUGUUGGCCCAAGCUGCAGGCUUCACCGAAUCACUGUAGGUCCGAACUGAGCCCUCUCUUGCUCUGCCGCCUUCUUAGCCGCUGCUGCAGCAGGGGAGGAAGCAGCAAGGGCGAUGAUGCUCAGAGGGGUCAGGCAUCAUGGACGACGCCUUUCCCUCCAUUCUUGGAGGACGAUCACCACCCUCUCCGACUAUCACCACCACCAUCACGGCCCUCCGCCAUCACAAACCAACGAAGACCCCUAUUCGCUCAUGAAGGAAGACGGCGUCCACAUUUGCUCCCAACUUUGGGUCUCCUCCUUUUCAAACCCGAGAAAGACCUACGCCAACCUCACCGGAUUCCUCAGGAAAUUCGACCUCUGGGUGCUUGCCUACCAGAGGUGCUACGCUGACGAGAUGGGCUUGUUCCCCCCAAGAAACUCCAUUCACUACGCGGUCCUCCGCGACCUCUUGUCCCUGAGGGACGCCGUCCUGCACUCCCAAUACUCCUGGGGAAUGAGAACCCAUCAGUACAUUCGUUCGCCUAGGGAGAAGCCCAUAAGCAGAUUGAUCUCCAAGAGGAAACUUAGGUUGAUGCUUGAACAGUGCACGCCCACCUUCCAGGAUAGGAUUCUGCAGGAGGUUUUGCUCAUGGUGCUGGAACCUGUCUUUGAAUCGAGGUUUUCCCGGCGUUCUUUCGCCUUUCGGCCUGGCCGGAACGCCCACACCGUGAUCAGGACCAUCCGGAGCAAUUUUGCUGGGUAUCUGUGGUUCCUGAAGGCGGAUUUGGGGUGCAUUCUUGAGCGGUUGGAUGUCGAUUCCUUGGUAGGUUUCUUAGAGAAUACCGUGAAGGAUAGGAAGGUUUUGGCUAUCAUAAAGGCCGGAAUUCGAAAGCCGGCUUUGGCGGGAACAGAAGAGGAGGAGGAGCAGAAAAAGAAGAGGAAGAAGAGAGGCGGAAGGAAAAAGAAGAAAUUGGAUGAGAAUGAGAGGAAACCUGAUCCUUAUUGGUUGAGGACGUUCUUUGCAUUCGCGCCAGAGGAAGCUGCCAAGGUUCCUUCGUGGGGUCACGCGGGGGUCUUGAGCCCUCUACUUGCAAAUGUAUGCCUCCAUGAAUUGGAUGUGUGGAUGGAAGAUCAAAUAAUUCGGUUUUUUAGGCCAUCGAGGAGUGAUUCAAUAUGGAAGAAUUCCACAGCCGAUGGUAGUCACAAUCCUUCCUGGCCGGAGUUUGUGCCCACGAGUGGCCAGGAGAAGACUAGGAAGAUGGAUUACAUCAGGUAUGGCAGCCAUAUCUUGAUCGGAAUUCGAGGUCCCCGAGAAGAUGUUACUGAGAUGAAGAGAAAACUGGUUGAAUUUUGCGAGAACAAGUAUGGCUUGAAGAUUGAUAAUUCCAGUAUACUGAUUGAACACAUUACUAGAGGGAUCCAAUAUCUGGACCAUAUAAUUUGCAGAAGAGUGAUCUAUCCGACUUUGCGGUAUACGGGAACUGGCGGGAAGAUAGUCAGCGAGAAAGGAGUUGGGACAUUGCUUUCUGUCACAGCGAGUUUGCAGCAGUGUAUUCGCCAAUUCCGGCGCCUUGAAUUGGUGAAGGGUGACAGAGAUCCGGAGCCACUGCCAUGCACUCCUAUGCUCUAUGCUAGUCAGGCACACACGAAUUCUCAGAUGAACAAGUUUCUUGAGACAAUGGCAGAAUGGUAUAGAUAUGCUGAUAACAGGAAGAAGGUCGUAGGCUUCUGUGCGUACAUAAUUAGGAGUUCUCUUGCUAAAUUGUAUGCUGCAAGAUACAGACUUCGAUCUCGCGCGAAGGUCUACAAGCUUGCUUCUCGCGAUCUUAGUCGAUCAAUCAAAGAAACUACCGGCGCUGCUCCUGAAUAUUCCGAUCUUUUGAGAAUGGGACUGCUGGAUGCAAUAGAUGGAGUUCAGUUUUCUCGGAUGUCCAUGAUACCUUCUUGUGAUUACACGCCAUUCCCACCAAACUGGAUCCCUGAUCAUGAAAGGUUGUUGCACGAAUACAUAAAAUUACAGGACCCAAAAUUUUUCUGCGAGUUGAGCAGAUCAAUAAAACGAGAAGGUUUGAGCUUACCUCAAGAUGACAUGUCUAUGCUUGUUUGGGAUCUCAAGUCAAAAGGGAUCUUAGGUGAUCGUAGUACAUUGAAAUCCAGCAAUCAGAGCAAUGAAAGCGUCAGGCAACUUCCCACCUUCAGUGAGAGUAACAGUAGCGUUUCAUCUCUUUACGGGUAGAACUAUUGAAAUAUACGUGCCUCUUGGUAUUUAGGUUGGUGGGCAUCCUAAUAUGUUAACCUUUCUGUGGUGGUGCGACUGCGAAAGAGGAUUUACACAUUCAAGUAUUGACCUUAUUUAUAUGAAAAGAGUUCGUAUGCACGUGUCAUGCUGCUGCAUAUUGGAGUUUGUCUUCUGAAAGGUGCCUGAGGCGAACUCGUUUGGCUUCCAUCUGAAGAAAGUAUUCAUAUUUCAGAAUGAGAACUUACAGACAUUUGAGAGUGAUCUGUGCGAGGAACUUUGCAACUUCAACAGGAAUCGGAUAGGAACUUGAGAGUUGCGGCUUGUUUCAUUUGGAAGAUGCUGGUGUGAGUUUAUUUCCUCACAUUUUUAUUAUAUUUCUCCAUUUUGGCCCUACCAGUUCAUCAGGAUGAAUUGCAGGAUUGUCAAGAUUUGCCGUCUUAGGACUGACAACAGAAUAUCUGACUGGGUUACAGUCAUUGGUUUAAGCACUUUACAGAUAAAAGGUUAGUAGGAAAAUGCAGCAGGUGCAGGCACCACCAAGCAUCGUGUAUGGCCUGAACUUGAACAGAUCAUUUGGGGAGGUUAUCAACGGGAUUUAACACGAGAUAUGGAGGGAAACAUCUAUAAUUUGACAUAGAACUCAUUGCCAGAUGCACAUGUAAGAGGUGGCCAUAUAUGCACCCCGGCUCUUCAUUUAACCAUGC